AUGCAUGUAUUGAUUUAUUUAUUUUGUUGUUGUUUUUUCCUAUUGAGUCACUCUUUUUUUUUGUUUUUUAACUUUUUCUUGCCUGUCACAUUUUUGUAUCGGCUGCUGAGCAUGCUCAAAGUGUGUUUGGGACGCAUGGGACGAGUCAUUCGAAUCGGGGACACAGCUUUUACACGCCGUGUGAUUUCUCAGGAGGACGUUAAGGCGUUUGGUCCGCUUGUUGGGGACAAUAACCCGAUUCAUUUCGACGAAAAUGCCGCGAAAGCCGCCGGAUUUCCUUCUACGGUUGUUUACGGCAUGCUGGCUGGCUCUCUUUUUUCGGGUUUACUGGGCUCCGAGUUACCCGGGCCACAGUCUAUUUAUUUGAGCCAGACACUACGAUUUUUGGCACCAGUGCUUGUCGGAGACGAGGUAGAGGCACGCGUAACGGUGACCCAAUUUAAGAAAAGCAAGUUCAUGAUUGCUUUCCGUACGACGGUGAGCCGCAUUGAUCCAGAGACAGGGAAGGAGACGCUUUGCAUUGUAGGCACUUCAGUGGGGAUGAACAAAACAGUCACAUUUGAAGGGGAAAGUGAAUGGACGGUGCCACGUGUGGAGUAG